GUCAAGGAUAAUGUCAAAAAGAAACAGGACAGGAGACAGAAAGUGUCAAAUCAAGCACCAUUUUCUGUAGGCCAGAAGGUGCUGCGAAAGAAUAUAAGGAGCCAGCAGAGAAAAGGGGGCAAGCUUGAAAGAAGCUGGUUGGGCCCUUAUACAAUUGUGCACAUUCAAGAGAAAAGUGCUGACCUAAUGGAUAAACAAGGAGUGAUGCAUCCCAAAAUCAGUACCGACCAUCUAAAACCGUUUAUUGAUGACACACCACACAUACCCCAUAGACUACAAGGACCACAGUGCAAAAGACCACAUAUAGACAUCACCGGUGAAACAAGACCAUCCCCUUCAAUCCUUCCUGUAGACCUUACAAUGUCACAGCACAAUCAGCAUCCGCCCUCUUCUCCAUCCUCACCCUUAAACCCAUCACCACUUGAUUUGUCAAUGCAACGCCUGUGCUCUCCUGUGUCCCAUACUACUGCUGUGGCAACAUUGGUACCAGAUGACCCCACAGAUGCAGUGCAUUGUAUCAAUAGUGCAUGGGCUGGAAAUGACAGUUAUGUACUGCUGGCGAAAGUUGGACCAUAUAAAGUCUUCUACAAAGACUUGCAGAUUGGCCCUGGGAAGAAGUUGGAGAGUGAAGUUAUAAAUUCAUAUCUGUCCCUGGUUGUGAGGCAGCACAACUUAAUCUCAAAGGAGAAGGCAUACCAUAUGGACACAUUUGCCAUUACAGAGAUGUGGAAGGGAAGAAUUGAAAGAAUCAAGCUGGACCCCACUAAGUAUGAGAUCAUAUUGGGCAUCGUAAACGAGGGUGACCACUGGUUCUUGGUUGUAAGUAUUCGUGGUAAAGAACAGUUUAUUUUGAGCUUUCCCUUAUUCCCCUUAAUGCUGACUGCACUAAUAUUCCCAUAUUGUUGUCUACAUAUUUUUCCAUAUUACUUAGGCUGCAUACCCUUCCAAGAGAAAAGUUGUUUUGCUUGACUCACUUGGAGAGUCAAACACCAAGAAGAUUACAUGUUUGGUGAGAACAAGAGCCCUGAUGACACAAAAGGGCAUUCCAGAUUCACACUGGGUGUGUGAAACUCUGCCUCACCCACUUCAGAGGGAUGCUACAUCAUGUGGUGUGUUUGCAUUGAAGUUUGCCGAACACAUUCUUCAAAAUACUCAGAUUCACUUCCCAAAUACACCACAAGAAAUAAAGCGAAUCAGAAUGGAAAUAGCUUUGACUAUACUCCGCCAAUCUGAUGACCUAAGUGACCUGUGCCGCUUUUGUGGGGAGGCAGAUACAUUUGAUGACUCUGUAGAAGUUAAUUGGGUAACUAUGGCUGAACAGUUCUAGUUUGUGUAGGGUGCAGUCAAAUCAAUAUAAAUGCUUUAAAUGUUGCUUUAAAAAAUUAUAUUUUUACUCUUACAUUUUUGUUUAACAGAUUUCCUGUGAUGGCUGUGGACGAUGGUUCCAUGCAGGGUGUGUGGGGGAUCCUUCAGCUUUCCAUGUUUACAUAUGUUU